UCUUUUUGUUUGGAUUUGGCUACAAACAAUGGGGAUGGUUUUUUCACAAUCAUAAUGCAUCAUGGUGGCCAAUUCCAAAAUGGGAAUGAUCGAGUGUACGUUGAAGGGAGGGUGAAUUACCUUGAUUUGUGUCACAUAGACCUGCUUUCUUUGAUAGAACUGGAGAAUAUGUUGAAAACAAUGGGAUUGGGGUACUGUGGGAUUCACAAAGUGCUUAAUGUAUAUGUUGAACACACCAAAGGAGAAGUCCUUGAUCAGAGCCAGGCACAGUCAAAUUGUAUUCCUAUUGCACAAAAGUUUGAUGGGGGAAAUAAUGUGGGUGGUAGUGUUGUGGCUUCUGAUAAUGCAUUGGACAGUGAGUCAUCACAAUAUGAGGAACACUUAGACAACUCGACUUUAGAUGAUGAGUACUUCGAUGACAAUGAGUAUGAUUUGGAUGGAGUACAACUGCAUGAUACAAUGGUUGAUGAAGAUGUGAGACUAAGGAAUGAAAUAGAAAAAAGGGAAGUGGUUGGUAAUGGCACUGGAAGAAACAAAAGGAAAUGGGUUGAGAAAGAUAAUACAACAACAAUGAGUACUGCUGAAGAGAAUAUUAGUGAAGAUUGUGAUUCAGAUGAACUAAGAGGUAUUCCUAUGACGCCCCAAAAUCUGGGUGUCCGUAAUUACCUCGUUAAUCACCCAUCAAUUCGUGGAAUACCCGUGGAUACCGUGUAA